AUGAUAAAAUUGGGACAUAUGUUAGCACAAGAGUAAGCUAGAUUAAGAUCAGAAAUGCAGGUUGCAUCUAAAUAAAAGAAAUUUCGAAAUGCUACAGCAUCUACAUUGUAAAAAGCACACUAACAACAAGCUAUCCAAAUAUAUCGAAAACUUCCACUUUGUUAUAAGCUAGUCCAACCAACUCCACAAAUGUUAUCAGUUACAAUUGUUCACCAAUAUCAUCAUAAAAAUAUUAUUCAUUUUCUCCUGAUCCAGAUUAAAUGAUUGGUUUGAAGAAAAACUAUGGAUAGACAUCUUACAAAAACAAACUAGAAACCAUUUAAUUGGCACCUAAUAAGCCUCCAUUAAAAAGAGGAAAUAAAGUUACUAAUUUGAGAAAUAUUAAUAACAAUAAUGCAAGUUAGCCUCAUUCUAUUAGAAAUGAAGAAUCAAAAGAAAAGCUAUUAGAAUAAACUCACUUUUUAUGUGCAAUUAUGUAAUAAUAACAUAGUGCAACUGGUAAGAUUGUUGCCAAUUUUUUAAAUGGAAAUCUAGAAAAAAAUAGCUAUGAAUCUAUAAUUUAGAUGGAGAAAUCUGCAUAAGCAUUAUAAUAAUCUGCAAAAGAAAUGUCAAAAGCUUUAUAUGCAUCUGAUGAUGAAGGAGAAUUUGAGAAUUUAUAAAAUAAAUUUAUAGAUCAAAUAAGAUUCUCAAAAUACAGAAAGCCAACUUAAGAAAAGAAUAUUGUAUUUAAAAGAAAUUAUGGUUAAAAACAUGAAAUGAUGAUAGAUUAAGUGGCUUAAUAGAGAUAAAAAACAGAAGAGAAUUAAGAUUUUGAUGUUUUUAUACCAAAAUCAUAAAUGGAUUAAUUUUUCAAGUAGAAUUAUUAUAAUUAUUUAGAAUAAUUUAAGAUAAAAUAGAUGGAAGAAUGAAAGAAUAGACUGAAUAAUUAAUAAAAGAAGAAUAAAAACUAGUAAAUGGUAUGAUAACAAAUGUUAAGAAAUUUCGUGAAGAUAUAAGGGAAGUAAAAUAUACAAUGAAUCAUGUAAGAAAGAAUAAAAAGGCAUUAUAAUAAUAAUAACCUUAAAAUACCUUAAGAACUUUAAGAACUAUGAAAUCAUAAUCUUCUGUUAGAAUGAAAAGUGACUAAGUAACAAGACUAGAUGAAGAUGCUAAAGCUGAUUUAAAAUUGAGAGUGAUGAAAGCCUUAAGAAAUUUCAUGGAUAAAUUGAAAAGAUUUAAUAUCACACUGGAAGAUGUAGUAAACAAUCAAGUUUUUCCAAGUUAAGCAUACGAGAGACCUAAUAGUGUUGAAUUUUUUAGACAAGUUAAAGCUGAUAAUAUUAGAGAAAUUGAUAAUAUGUUACGGGAUUGUAGAUAUCAUGUUUAUGAUAGAGAUAAUUAAUAAAAAACUGCAUUACAUCAUGCUGUUAGUAUUAAUUCUAUUGAAGCUAUUAAAUUAUUAGUAGAAAAUGGUGCUGAUCUAGAUGCUAGAGAUAUGAGUAAUAUAAAUAAAUAUUUUAGUGGGAAGAACUCCAUUGCAUAUAGCAGCAAAAAAUAAUAAUUGUGAUACCGUUAGGGUAUUAUUAGUCUAUUAGGCUAAUCCUUCUAUUAAAACUGUUGCAGGUAAAACUGCAUAAGAUCUUACUGAAAUGCCUGUUAUUAAAGCUCUUGUUAAAAAUGCUAAAAAAGUAAGAAUUAUAUAUAAAAUAGUUACAUUUUAUGAUGAAUUUAUAACCAAACAACAAGAAAAAAGAUUUUUGGGUAGAAAAAGCUGUUGUCUAUUUUCAGGAAGAUGAUCCAGAAAAAAUUUUAAAAUUACAACUAUAUAAAACUCAAGCAAAGUUGUUUUUAUAAUGA